CUAAAAAGAAAUUUAAGAAAAACAAAACACCACCACAGAAUUCUCCUCCCCGUCUCUGUUUUCACUCUCUUUUUCCUUCCUCGAAACACUUCAUAUACAGUUCACGCAUAAACACAGCUAAACAAUUUAAAAUUCAUAAUCCAAAAAAAAUCCAUGGCGGAUUCAGUGGAGCUACCAGGCCGGUUAGCGAUCCUUCCGUUUAGAAACAAAGUAUUAUUACCUGGUGCGAUCAUUCGUAUUCGCUGCACUUCUCCUAACAGUGUGAAAUUGGUGGAGCAAGAGCUAUGGCAGCGUGAAGAGAAGGGUAUAAUUGGCAUUUUACCUGUUCGGGAUUCUGCUUCUGAUGAAACCGCUUUUGCUUCUUCUCCUGUUUUAUCUCAAGGCGGUGGAAGUGAUUCUGGAAAAAUCCAAGUUAAUACCUCUGAUAAUAAUAAAACUGAUGGAAAAAAUCUGCAGGAAGUUAUUCAUUGGCAUAACAGGGGUGUGGCAGCUCGUGCUCUGCAUCUUUCCAGAGGAGUGGAGAAACCUAGUGGGAGAGUGACAUACAUAGUUGUUCUCGAAGGUUUAUGCAGAUUCAGUGUUCAGGAGCUUAGCAAAAGAGGGAUGUACUACACUGCACGCAUAUCUUCUCUUGAUAUGAAAAAGGCUGAGAUGGAACAAGUGGAGCAAGAUCCUGAUUUUGUAUCAUUAUCUCGUCAGUUCAAAGCAACAGCCAUGGAGCUUAUUUCGGUACUUGAGCAGAAACAAAAAACUGGUGGAAGGACAAAAGUUCUGUUGGAAACAGUUCCCAUUCACAAGUUGGCAGAUAUUUUUGUUGCUAGCUUUGAGAUGAGUUUUGAAGAGCAACUUUCCAUGUUAGAUUCAAUUGAUCUUAAAGUAAGGCUUUCAAAAGCUACAGAACUGGUUGACAGACAUUUACAGUCAAUACGUGUAGCAGAAAAGAUUUCUCAAAAGGUUGAGGGACAGUUGUCAAAAUCACAGAAAGAGUUUCUUCUGCGCCAGCAGAUGAGAGCUAUAAAAGAGGAGCUUGGUGACAAUGAUGAUGAUGAAGAUGAUGUUGCUGCCUUAGAAAGAAAGAUGCAAAGUGCAGGAAUGCCUCCAAAUAUUUGGAAACAUGCCCAGAGGGAGCUAAGGAGGCUUAAAAAAAUGCAACCUCAGCAACCUGGAUAUAAUAGUUCACGUGUUUACUUGGAGCUCCUUGCUGAUCUUCCCUGGGAAAAGGCAAGUGAAGAACAUGAUUUGGACCUAAAGGCUGCAAAAGAACGUCUUGACAAUGAUCAUUAUGGCCUAGUCAAAGUCAAGCAACGAAUCAUCGAAUAUCUAGCUGUUCGCAAGCUUAAACCAGAUGCAAGAGGCCCCGUCUUGUGCUUUGUUGGCCCUCCAGGGGUUGGGAAAACAUCUUUGGCAUCAUCUAUUGCUGCUGCACUAGGCAGAAAAUUUGUUCGUAUGUCCCUUGGUGGUGUUAAGGAUGAAGCAGAUAUUAGGGGGCAUAGGAGAACAUACAUUGGAAGCAUGCCUGGGCGUCUUAUUGAUGGUAUAAAGAGAGUAGGUGUUUGCAAUCCAGUCAUGCUUCUGGAUGAGAUUGACAAGACAGGUUCAGAUGUGCGCGGGGAUCCAGCUUCAGCUCUGCUAGAGGUUCUUGACCCCGAGCAGAACAAGACAUUUAAUGAUCACUAUUUGAAUGUUCCAUAUGACCUCUCAAAGGUGAUUUUUGUUGCAACUGCAAAUAGGGCGCAGCCUAUUCCUCCUCCACUCUUAGACAGGAUGGAAGUCAUUGAGCUCCCUGGAUAUACACCUGAAGAGAAGCUUAAGAUAGCCAUGCGGCAUUUGAUUCCAAGAGUUUUGGACCAGCAUGGAUUGGGAUCUACUUUCCUUCAAAUUCCAGAGGCUAUGGUGAAACUUAUCAUCCAGAGGUACACUAGGGAGGCUGGUGUCCGGAACCUGGAGAGGAGUUUAGCGGCAUUGGCCCGAGCAGCAGCUGUAAGACUUGCAGAGCAAGAGCAAGCUGCUUCUGUUCCAUUGAGCAAAGAUAUGCACCGAUUGACUUCACCAUUCUUGGAGAAUAGACUUGCUGAGGGAGCUGAAGUGGAAAUGGAAGUAAUUCCAAUGAAUGAUAACAAUCAUGAGCUGUCAAACUCAUUCAGGGUUGCGUCACCUUUGGUUGUGGAUGAAACUCUACUGGAGAAAGUACUAGGGCCUCCAAGAUUUGAUGAUAAAGAAGCUGCUGAGCGCGUUGCUAGUCCUGGUAUAUCAGUUGGGCUCGUUUGGACUGCCUUUGGUGGAGAAGUUCAAUUUGUAGAGGCUACUGCAAUGAUGGGAAAGGGUGAAUUGCAUCUCACUGGGCAACUUGGUGAUGUUAUUAAAGAAUCAGCACAAAUAGCAUUGACAUGGGUCAGGGCAAGGGCAACAGAUCUGCAGUUGGCAGCUCAAGGGAUCAAUCUCCUUGAGGGACGGGAUGUUCAUAUUCAUUUCCCUGCUGGUGCUGUACCCAAGGAUGGGCCCUCAGCUGGUGUGACACUGGUAACAGCCCUUGUUUCACUGUUCAGUAAAAAAAGGGUAAGAGCAGAUACAGCAAUGACAGGAGAGAUGACUCUGAGGGGCCUUGUUCUCCCUGUUGGUGGUAUUAAGGAUAAGAUAUUGGCAGCACACCGUUGUGGUAUAACGAGAGUAAUAUUACCAGAGAGAAAUUUGAAGGACUUGGCUGAAGUACCGGCAGCUGUGCUCGGGAACCUUGAGAUUCUACUAGCUAAGCGGAUGGAAGAUGUAUUGGAACAAGCAUUUGAAGGUGGUUGCCCGUGGAGAGUACACUCAAAGUUAUGAUAACACCCUCUGAGAUUUUCUAUUCAAUCUCUGGUGAUAGCUUUGUUAGCUUGCCAUCACAUCCAUCGGGGCAGACAGAUUUCGAUUUAUUUAGUUGCUGCCUCCAGCAACCGAUGAUCAUCAAAUUGUCGACUUCUACUGGUUCUGUUCCAACAAAAAACAAAAAAACAAAAAGAUUUUGUCUGGUCCAAAGGAAAUGAAUCAUAUGCGUCUCAUCGUCACAACUGACUAUACUUAUAAUGGGUAAGCUGGUGCUUCCCUAUUACCGUCUCGCCUCGACCUCAUAUUGUGUGAUUUUGUAUCAAUUUGUAUAGUAUAUGUAUCUAUGUAAUUUAAUUAAUUCAGAAUGACAAUGCUUGCCAUAUGAUUUAUAAACUGUAUCAUUUUUUUUUGAA